UCUAUUCCGUUCAUAUUUUGCGCGUGAAGUCUCUUUUAGUGAAACAGAGUAGAAAGUUCAGGGACCAAAACCGCAUAAUAAAAUAUAGUCAAGGGACCAUUUUUAUGCUUCACGCUUCUUUCCAUCCAAAAAACCCUCGCCCUAUAAAUUGACGCCACACGUUGCCUUUCAUCCCCAAAAGUUCGCCCUGAAUUUCUUCUACUCUCUCCAAUUAAGAAUGACUCGCGUAACGAAUUCCAGCAACAAUACGUCAACGGCGACAAUCAAGUUUCUUUACAGUUACGGCGGAAAGAUUCUGCCACGUCAUACUGACGGCAAGCUCCGAUACGUCGGCGGUUACACUAGAGUUCUCGCCGCAGACCGUUCCGUCACCUACGCGGAGUUGAUCGUUAAGUUUUGGGAAGCGUGUGGAUUCUCCGUUGAUUUGAAGUGUAAGCUUCCGACCGAAGAUCUCGACGUGCUGGUGUCCGUCACUUGCGAUGAGGAUCUCGCCGCCGUCGUGGAGGAGUACGAUCGAGUUUCUCCCGACGCGAAGAUCAGAGCCGUUCUUUGCCCUGUCAAAUCGUUGAAGACGAUAUCUCCUGUUCCAUCCGUUGAAUCGCUCGUUGAGUUUUCAGCUUCGAAACCGCCGCCGUAUCCAGUGGUGGCUAACUCCGCCGUCCGAAAAGGAACGCAACAAUGCCAGGCGGUUGAUUUCUCUGCAUACAAGCUCCGUCGGCAUCUUCUUGCCGGACCUUGCCGGGAUAAGCCAACGUCGGUAUCCCGGUUUCGUGAAGAAACAAUCCCUAUGCAGAAUUACUUUGUUCGUCGAUGGGAUUACAGUCAAUACUAAAUCAAGAAAUUAAGCCUUAGGAAUUAGAUGAACAUAUAUAAUCACCAUACUUGAUAAGAGUUUUUGAUUCGCAAAUCCAAGUUCUUAUCUGAGACGAUAUUGAAAUCUUAAAUAUAGGAUCCAUUAGCAAGAUUGAUUUGAUGAA